CUUGUCAAAAUGACGAUUGUUUCGACAUCCUGUUUUACCGUCAAUAUGUUUUACGUGUAACAACUACGUUAUUUUGUUGUUUUAAACAAAUAUUUGAAGUUUUGAUAACAAAUCAAUGAGUACUUCAAGUUCAACGCCUCCUGAUGGGGAAGGGGAUCCCAAACAGACACCUCCUGAUGAAACAGAAGGGUUAUAUGAAUGUAACAUUUGUCUGGAUACAGCGAAAGACCCAGUUGUCAGCAUGUGUGGACAUUUGUUUUGCUGGCCAUGUUUACACCAGUGGCUAGAAACAAGACCCAACCGACAGACAUGUCCAGUAUGCAAGGCUGGCACGGGCAAAGACAAAGUCAUUCCCAUAUACGGUAGAGGAAAUGCAAAAGCAGAAGAUCCAAGAGAAAAGCUUCCGCCCAGACCUGCAGGACAAAGGACAGAACCAGAUGCCCCCGGGGGUUUCAAUGGGUUUGGAUUUGGUGAUGGUGGAUUCCAGUUUUCCUUUGGUAUUGGUGCCUUUCCUUUUGGUUUGUUUGCUCAGACGUUCAACUUCAAUGAUGGCAGGCCUAGUCCUCCUCCACAGAAUUCUCCUCAGCAAGCGGAAGAACAGUUUUUGUCUCGUGUGUUUCUCUGGGUAGCAAUAGUCUUCAUUGUGUGGCUGUUGUUGGCAUGACUGCCAGUUGUGGAAACCUCUGACCCUGCCUUUGGCCAGAUGUUUCCUGCAUCGGAACUUGUUAGCCCUGUAAUAUAGACUGUCUGUAUUGGUUCCAACCUAUUUAAGUCUGGCAUAGAUAUGUAUUUGAAUACAAGAUGGAUGAGUGGGGUGGAUGGGGGUCUGUGAGUUCCAUGACUAGCUGAUUAGUAUUUUUCAGGGCAGAGAUUGGAUUUAUUUUAUUUAUUCAGGGCUGAUCCUUCUAACACAUUAUUUGAUGACUGGACAUGGUCCAUUGCUUGCAACUUUAUAUGUAGCUAAUACUUUGAUUAGUCAGGUAGGGUAACAGGUGAUAAUUGGUUGAGGUAGUGUUUGAAGGGACUGUUGGAGUUUGCUGUCAUUGUAUCAUGUAGACCCUGAACAAACUGGAAUCCUGUCAAAACCGGCCAAGUUUCACAGUCCCAAAUUUUUUAAUUCUAAAAUGCGACCCUCUAAAUACCAGAUCCUGUCUACAUUGAAUGAAUAUUAGGUCCCCGGUGUUAUCUGGUUAAUUUCUAAACACCGGAUCUUGUCUACAGUGAAUAAAUAUUAGGUCCCCGGCGUGAUCUGGUUAAUUUCUAAACACCGGAUCUGUCUACAGUGAAUAAAUAUUAGGUCCCCGGCGUGAUCUGGUUAAUUUCUAUAAGGCAGUAAAAUGAAAAAUGACUGCUACAAAUAUUAGCACACAACCACAAACACAUUGGAUUUAGAAACUGGUUUUCUAGAGAGGAAAUGUUUUUAAUAUAUAAUUUUUGUCGUCAGAAAGACGGUUAGUUGGAAAUAUUUUACAAUGGCAGCCAAUUCAGGAUAGCUCCUUUAAGCAGAAAUUGGAAAACCUUUCAAAGUUUUUAUGGCCAAUUACUACAUGCAUCUGUAGUUUAAUUCCUAUUAGUAUUAUUGAUCACAUUUAAGUGAAUCUAUACAUCGAGAACUGACAACCUUGAACCAAAACUGGUUAUGUCCAAAGUCAUGAGUUUUAGAAAAACAUGUUUUAAUGUUUUAUCAUUCAGAAAAGUCGCAAACGAAAGCAAUUUAUAUUUUUAAAAUUAUGUGGCUUUUCUCAACUCCUAUGGUCCCUCAAAAGCCUUUAUAAUUUUUUUUUAGAAAAAUGUGAAAUAGUAAUUUUUGCAAAGAGUGGACAUGAAUGUUUCUGUUUGUCAGCCCACAAUCAGGUGUAUGUAUAGGAAUUUAUGUGUGUCUUGGGGGGUUGGAUUCCAAAAUGUGGUGAGCGAAGGUUAUAGGGGGUACUGAGUCGUUUUUCCCAAGAAAAUACAUUUUUAUACAUUAAAGAAAAAGAAAAUUGCUGGAGAAGAGGGCAUUUUAAUGCUCAAUCCUCUCUCCCCCCCCCCCCCCCCCCCCCCCACACACACACACACACACAUGCCUGGUGAUAUAUAUCUUUUGUUGAACUCUUGCUUAUUCUCUGGCAUUAUACCAUUUGAAUUUGUUUUAUUUGCAAUGUAAAAUUUAUAGUGUCUUAGUACCCCAAAUAUGAACUCUACAAUAACCAAUGGGCCUAAUUACAUCUUUGUGAAACUUUUUAUUUGAUUAAGAUGUGGGUGCACAGUAGUGUGUGUAUCCAAGGACAGCAAUGCAAGUCAUUUGGGUUCUAUUAAGUGGAAUGUGUUCAAAAGUACACACAUAAUUAACCUUGUUGAUGAACAAGGUGUCAUUUCCUGCUGCAAACAGUUGAUCUUAUGGUAUAGUUUGAUACCUUUCUAGUCAUGGUAAUAUCAGGGAAUUUAAAAUAAAAAAAAGAGGAAAAAUAAGGGAAGAUUUGGAAACUUGGACUGAACUAACUUGAAUAUGUGCUAACAUAUUUUAUGGUUAAUGUUUGUAAUUGGUAUCACAGUACCAUAAUUGUGUAAUAUUAACUAAAGUAAUUGCAUGUCAGUAGUGUGAGGGGGGUUGGAGGUUUAAAUGAAGCCCCUAAAAUUAUUUUAAUCUUAUAAAAUAUUUUCCAUUUUAAAUCUUAAAUUGCACCUACAUGUGAAAUAACCCUAAGUCCUACAUACACAAGGGUCAAAGAUGACCCCAUACAGAGAAGUCAACACCAAAAUUGGUUUUAGUUUGCUCCACUAGUGAAAAUCACAGAAUCCCUCAUAUCAAGAUACAACUAAUACAUGCAGGCUUGAGUUGUUUUAUAAUUUAAUUUUCUUGGGCGAUCUCCCAACUUGAGUCGUAAUUGAAUGCCAUUUUAACAGCAAAUUAAGCAAAUAACCUUGGUUUGGUGAGCUGAAAUUAGGGGAAAACCCUGAAGAUGUACACUAGCCAUAUUUUGGUGUUGUUUUGUCUUCCCACCCCCACAGUAUUAUGGUUGAACUAGCUGCCAUUAUUCAUGGACCAGUUCAUCAAAGACAUCUCCAUUAAAAAAAAACCUACUGGGAUACAGAUGAAAUCCAAUAUGGUCUCCAGAUGGGAUUAUAACGGGUUUGGAAAUAUGGAUAUUGUUUCUUUGUCUAUAAUGGGGGUUUAUUCAAAUGGUAUUUUUAUAUUACCUUCAGGUAUGAUACUGGAGGUGCCAACCUUUACUUUUAUUUUCAGUAUUUUCCAUAAUUAGGGAAUGUUUUUUUGUCUUUUCAGCCUUCUCAAAAAAAGACUUCAAACUUUUUUUUUCAUUCAGUAAUGCCAUGUUUCUUUCAAGUAUUCAGUUUACCUCUGUCUUAUAUUAAUCUUCAUUUCUUUUCUAAAUACAUUGUACUUACUAUAAACAUCAAAUUGCCAGAGAAUAGUUUUCAAAAUUAUUAAGUUAUUUUAUUGCAACAGCCACAAAAAGUUAUAUCCUACUGAUGGUGUAUAUACAGUGAAACCCCCCUAAACCGGACACCCUCAGCACCAAGUAAAAUGUCCAGUUUAAAGAGGUUCUUUUUUAUGCCAUGAAAAAUGUUCGGUUUUGAGAGAAUUCUGGUUUACAGAGGGUCUGGUUUUGAGAGGUUUCACUGUACUACAUAUUAUUAUAAUGUUACUCAGACGUUUUUAUGUUCUGUUGGCUGACAAAAUUACCCUAUAUACAUUGCAUGAUGUCAUGCAUGCUGCCAAUUGCAUUCUAAGGAAACAGACUUGUUUGUCAUCUGUCAAGUCUUGUCUAAAUGUCAUCUUGUGGACCAGCAACCAUGGCUAGCAUGAUUAAGUUUCAUCAUUAAAUAAUGUUGAUGAAAAUAUGCAGCUGUCUUUAAGAUUUCUUUUUUCCCUAAUGCUAUACACAGGAAUUUCUUAAUGUAUACAAGUGUACAUGCCUUUUGUAGGCCUACUUUAUUAAACGGGUGGAUCAAGAGGGAAGACUCGGAGAGAGUAUACUCAUCCUCCCCCUUCAUCCAGAGGGCUGCAUGUGCCCUAGUACAAUGUCUUCAAUCAACAAUUGUAUUAUCAGUUUCAACACACAAAAAACAGUGCACAUGUAUAUAUCAAUUUAAGAUAAAAUACAUUGUAUUGAUCAAACUCUUAUGGCAAAAACAAGGACAUGUAUAUAAUUUAAUUAUGUACACUUUUGUGAGCAGUAAUCACCCAACCCCAAAGUGAUUAUAAUUUUAUUUUAAGAUGUUUCUUGUUUAGACAGGAAAUAUAAUACAACUUGUUACAGCAUAAUGUAGUAAUUGUACAUGUAUUGGGGGUCAUUCACAAUUACAAUUUUCACAUUGUACAAACUGUAUGCAGGGGGAGGGUGUUAAUCUCAGCAUGCACUUUUAAAUUUUAACAAAUAUUCCUUGCAAUAUCAGUAUUUUUAUAUAGGAAAGUGGAGGGCAUACAAAUUACCUGGCGAUGAAUCUGGUAUUAUACUAUUGCUGUAAUAUUGUUAGUUUUUACCUGUAUAUAUGUACUGGCAUCUUGUGCAAUUUGAUAUAAAAACUACAGGCCAAAUGUACAAAGCCUGUUUUUGUCUUACACGCUUGUAUCUAAUUACAUUUAGAAUGCUUAUAAACCUUCGUUUAAGAAAAAAAGGCUUCGUAAAUUCAACCCUUCAUGUGACCUACAAGUUAGUUUGUAUGUUAGGAGAUGCGAUCUAGGAUUUUAUAAUAGAGGGGUCCAUAACAAUAAUGUUGUUUGGAGGGGUUGAUAAAUAAAACUCCGCUCUUUGUACAAAGAUGAAAUUAAUGACUUGGCAGAAAUAUCUGGUUGGAAUUGUAAUUGCAUACAAUUGUUUACAAAAUUUAGUAUGGCUCAUCAGUAGAAAUGAAAAUGUGUUUAUUAUGUACAAUAUUUCUGCUCUUGUAUUUUAUAUUAAUGCCAAUCUGCAUGUGAUUAUUAUUUGGUUUGUUUUUUAAUAAAUGGAAAAAAAAUGUAAAUUGCAUAUCCGUACAUGUCUUAAUAGUGUAUGUUUUUUUUUUCUUUGAAAUCAUCAGCUCUUACUAAAAUAAUAAUGUUUUUAUAGAAGCCUUGCAUUAUGUCUUUCUGAAAUGCUAAACACUGAGAAAUAGAACAUGAUGGUAAAAUAAUACAAAAUACAUGUAUCAAUAUUAAAGCCACUACUUCACAAGUGACAGUGAAAAUAUCUUUAUAUACACGAAUGUUGGAUAUUUUCUGAAAGAUUGAAUUUAAUGUUUUCAAUUAACUAAAUAUCAACUUAUAAAAAAUAAUGUUCCUAAUUUGUGAUUCUUACAUAAAGUUUAUUGAUAGCCAUGUUUUACAGUGGUAUUUGACUAACAAUAAACACAUUUUUACAUUUUAUAAUGUUAGAUGUAAAUUAAUUAAAACUUUUUAUAUAUUUAAGAAAAAAAGAUUUAAAAAACAAACUGGCCCACUUUCCAUUAGCACUAUUUUGCACGCGAGUUAUUGAUACAUUGCAUAGUACCUGUUCCAUAUACGUGAUUCCGUGUGCGGGAAUUCAGUGCUCUGAAAAAAAAGAUCUAUGAGCGAUUUUUCCGAAAACAAAUUUUUCAGCGUGGUGGAGUCGUAAUGUGAAGCAUUAACUUUCGGCUUAGAGUACACUCCGACAACGUAAAAUUUUGUAUAGUGGAAAAGCUUAUUUCUGUUCGCGGAAACGCGCAAGAUAAAACACAUACAGAAUCGUGUUAAUGGAAAGCGGGCUUAAUAGGGGACAAGGCAGAUAAUAAGGCAAUCAUUUUAGUGAUAUCAACCUUCCUGGCAUAAGACUUUUGGUUGAAAAUAGGAUCUUUUAAAAAGAGAACUGAAGUUGUGUUUUGUACAUAUUUAUGCAUUUGUAUAAAGCUUUCUACUGGAUGAUGCUCAAAUACUGUAAUAUUACCAUUAAACUAAAAUGGACUUGUUUGUGAUAUCAUGUGACAUGUGCAGAUGUGUGACUUAUCUGUUUUUUAUCCCUUCAGGAUUAUCCAUAUAUCUGGGUCAGCUGGUGUCUAUUUUCAGAAGGUCUGUUAAAGUUCUACUUCUCAGAAGGUCUGCUUAUCCUAACCCUGACUAUGACCUAAACCCUGACCCAGACCCUACUGUCACUGUAUUCGAAACUGUGUUCAUGAAUAGUGUGUGAUUUGAGAACAGCAACAUGUUGUUGCCUCAUCGAAAUAUUUAGGAAUAUAUUCCCUGCAUCAGAUCAUUUGUUUAAUACACAGUAUAUGUAUCGAAUGUUGCAGUGACAUACACAAAAACACAGGAAAUAACAACUGAACAGUUUAUUAUAAAUGAUGUAACAUUUAUACAUUACUCAUAAAGUUCUGAAGUAGCGGACCUACAGAGUAAGAGGACGACCCCGUGUCAAUCCUUGGACGUGUCUCAUGUUUUAAAACUCUCUUCUAGGAAUAACUUCCAGGUGUUCUAGGGGCAGAUCCAGGAAAUAUUAUUUUGGGGUAUGGGCUAAUGGAAAAAGGGCAGCACAAUGUAAUUUGUUUUAAAAAGCCAGGGGAAAAAAAGGCACUUGAAUUUAUUUAGGCAGGAUGGGUUCCUUGUCCCCCCUCCCUGGAUCCGCCUCUAGGUUAAAUCUUGAGUCAGGUGAACAAAUGGUUUUCUUUGUUUUGUUUUAAAAAACAAGAAUAAUCCUAGACUACAGUCUGAUAGAAUAUUAAAUAUAUGAUUAUUCAAUCUUGGAAGCAUAAUUAUUAUCAAAUGUAUGAAAAGUCAUUGUAUACAGCUAUUAUGUACAUAGACCUGCCUGUAUAUUUAAUUAGUGGAAUAUUAAUAUUGUAUGUCAUGUACUAGUCCUGUACCAGUAUACUCGUUUAUCAGUAAACAGUAAAUGAUUCA